CUUAAGAUUCAUGUGAUGCCUGACAGUCCUGAAAUUGUCCUGGCCAAGGCCAAUUCAUUGAACAUGAGCCAGAAACUCUACAAAGCUGGCCUUGAGGAAAUGUACAAAAAGGGCUAUGAUCUCAAACCAGAUGCUAUUUCGAUUGUGGCUGCCAAAGCCGGAAGGAAUAUUAUUAGCAAUUACAAGUAUAAACUGGCAUAUGAGAAGGCCAGAGGCCACCAUGUUGGCUUCCGUAGCCUCCAGGACGACCCCUUGCUGGUGCAUUACAUGGAGGUGGCUAAGAUACAGAGUGAGAGGAACUACAAAAAGGAUUACCACAAAUCCAAGCUGAAGUAUCACACCCCUGUGGACAUGUUAAGUGUGGUGCAGGCCAAAAAUGCAUCCAAGGUUCAAACAAAUGCAGGAUACAAGCAGCACCAUCACAACUAUGUCCUCCUUCCUGAUGCCAUGCACAUUGGACUGGCUCGCAACAUGAUGGAGAUCCAGAGUGAUAAUUUGUACAAAUCAGAUUUCAACCAGAUCUUCAAAGGAGCAGGCUGGGUUCCCAUAGGUUCUAUAGAUGUUGAGAGGGCUAAGGCUGCCAAUAAAGCCCUUGAUGAGAAGUCAUACAGAAUUCACCCCAGUGCAUUGAAAUUCACCAGUCUAACAGACCAGAUGAACAUGGUUUUGGCCAUGAGCAACACAAAACUACAAAAUAAAACGGCCUAUAAAGCCUCUGGAGAGAAAUUCAUGCACACAUACAAUCUACCAGCUGAUGCCCCAGAGUUCCUCCAGGCCAAAUAUAAUGCCCAGACUAUGAGUGAGUCACACUACAAGGCUCAGUGGCUUGCAGACAUUGCCAAAGGCUAUGACAUGAAACCUGAUGCUAUUUCCAUUCUUGCUGCUAAACAAGGAAGGCACAUUGCCAGCAAUUAUCAAUACAAAAAAGCAUAUGAAAAGGCCAGAGGCCACCAUGUUGGCUUCCGUAGCCUCCAGGACGACCCCUUGCUGGUGCAUUACAUGGAGGUGGCUAAGAUACAGAGUGAGAGGAACUACAAAAAGGAUUACCACAAAUCCAAGCUGAAGUACCACACCCCCGUGGACAUGUUAAGUGUGGUGCAGGCCAAAAAUGCCUCCAAGGUUCAGACAUAUGCAGGAUACAAGCAGAAUUUACACAGUUACACCCUGCUUCCUGAUGCCAUGAACCUGGCAUUAGCUCGCUCCAUGAACAUCAGCUCCAGUGAUGUUGAGUACAAGAGUGAGUACAACAGCACAAUGAAGGGCAUGGGAUGGGUACCUAUUGGUUCAUUGGGAGUAGAGACUGCAAAGAUUGGAGGAAAGAUCUUGAGUGACCACAAGUACCGCACUCACCCCUCCAACUACAAGUUCCACAAACUCAUGGACUCUAUGGAUCUCGAAUUGGCUACUGCCAACAAUAAAAUCAUGAACAAGAAAUCCUACCAUGCUGCCUGGGAAAAGGACAAGCUUAAGAUUCAUGUGAUGCCUGACAGUCCUGAAAUUGUCCUGGCCAAGGCCAAUUCAUUGAACAUGAGCCAGAAACUCUACAAAGCUGGCCUUGAGGAAAUGUAUAAAAAGGGCUAUGAUCUCAAACCAGAUGCUAUUUCGAUUGUGGCUGCCAAAGCCGGAAGGAAUAUUAUUAGCAAUUACAAGUAUAAAUCAUAUGAGAAGGCCAGAGGCCACCAUGUUGGCUUCCGUAGCCUCCAGGACGACCCCUUGCUGGUGCAUUACAUGGAGGUGGCUAAGAUACAGAGUGAGAGGAACUACAAAAAGGAUUACCACAAAUCCAAGCUGAAGUAUCACACCCCCGUGGACAUGUUAAGUGUCGUGCAGGCUAAAAAUGCCUCUAAGGUUCAGACAUAUGCAGGAUACAAGCAGCAUUUCCAUAAUUACACCCUGCUUCCUGAUGCCAUGAACCUGGCAUUAGCUCGCUCCAUGAACAUCAGCUCCAGUGAUGUUGAGUACAAGAGUGAGUACAACUGCACAGUGAAGGGUAUGGGAUGGGUACCCAUUGGUUCAUUGGGAGUAGAGACUGCAAAGAUUGGAGGAAAGAUCCUGAGUGACCACAAGUACCGCACUCACCCCUCCAACUACAAGUUCCACAAACUCAUGGACUCUAUGGAUCUCGAAUUGGCUACUGCCAACAAUAAAAUCAUGAACAAGCAAGCUUACACGGAUGCUUGGAACAAGGACAAGUUAAAGAUCCAUGUCAUGCCUGACAGUCCAGAAAUCAUUCUUGCAAAAGCUAAUGCUAUCAACAUGAGUGAGAAAGCCUACAAAGCAGGACUGGAAGCCCUGAAAAAGAAAGGUUAUGACCUCAAGGCAGAUGCUGUAUCAGUGAUUGCGGCCAGGACCUCCACAAACAUUGCCAGUGAUUACAAGUACAAAAAGGAGUACAAUAAAGCAAGAGGCCAUCAUAUUGGCUUCCGUAGCAUCAAGGACGAUCCCUUGCUGGUGCACUACAUGGAGGUGGCUAAGCUACAGAGUGAUAAACUAUACAAGAAGGAUUACCACAAGGCCAAGCUGAAGUACCACUCCCCCGUGGACAUGUUGAGCGUUGUUCAUGCUAAGCAGGCUACGGCUGCUCAGACCUUUGCUGGAUACAGGCAUAUUGUUGCACAUAAUAAAGUUCUGCCUGAUGCCAUGAACCUUGUACUAGCCCGCAACAUGCAGACGAUCGCAAGUGAUAACAUCUACAAAUCUGAGUACAACAAUUACAUCAGAGGAGUUGGAUGGAUUCCCAUUGGAUCUCUGGAUGUGGAGAAAGCAAAACUUGCUGGCCGGAUAGGCAGCGAGAAACAGUACCGCACACCUGCCAGUAACCACAAGUUCACUAAAGAUAUGUCUUCUAUGGAUCUAGUCCUUGCUGCAGCCAACAAUGACAUCAACAACAAGCAAAAGUAUAUUUCAGCCUGGGAACAGGACAAAACCAAAAUUCACAUUAUGCCAGAUUCGAUGGAAGUGACUCUUGCUCGUCAAAAUAAAGCUAAUUACAGUGAGAAACUUUACAGACUUGCCAAUGAACAGGCAAAGAAAAAAGGUUACGAUCUACGCGCUGACGCUAUUGCAAUUCAAGCUGCUAAAGCAUCAUCUGCCAUUGCUAGUGAUUACAAGUACAAGACUGGUUAUCGUAAGCAAGUUGGUCAUCACAUUGGAGCCCUCAGUGUCCAGGAUGAUCCUCUGCUCAUGCUGGCCUUGAACUCAGCUAGAAUUGCUAGUGAUGCUCUCUACAAGAAGGACUUCAACAAGUCCAAGACCAAGUUCAACCUCCCAGUGGACAUGAUAGCUUUUGAGUUGGCCAAGAAGAACCAGAUCCAAGUCAAUGAUGCCAACUACAGAACCUACCUGCACAACUGGACCUGCCUGCCAGACUCCAAUGACGUCGUCCAGGCCAGACAAGUCUAUGACAUCCAGAGUGAUGCGGUGUACAAAGCUGAUCUGAAGUGGCUAAAAGGUCUCGGAUGGGUCCCCAUUGGUUCGAUUGAUGUUGAGAAGGUGAAAAAAGCUGGAGAAAUCCUAAAUGAACAGAAGUACCGUCAGCACCCAAGCAACUUCAAGUUCACUUGCACAACUGAAGAUAUGCCACUGGUCUUGGCUAAAGCCAAUAAUGACAUCAUGAACAAGUCAAAAUAUGUUGAAGCUUGGAACAGUGAAAAAACAAAGGUUCACAUCAUGCCAGAUGCAAUGGACGUGGUUCUUGCCAAGCAAAACAAAGUCAUCUAUAGUGAGAAACAAUAUAAACUCGCCCAUGAACUGUCCAAGAAGAAGGGUUAUGAUAUGCGCAGUGAUGCCAUAUCUAUCAUCGCUGCCAGAGCCUCCAGAGACAUUGCUAGUGACUACAAGUACAAGACUGGUUACCGUAAGCAAGUUGGUCAUCACAUUGGAGCCCGCAGCAUCCAGGAUGAUCCUCUGCUCAUGCUGGCUUUGAACUCAGCGAAGAUUGCUAGUGAUGCUCUCUACAAGAAGGACUUUAACAAAUCCAAGACCAAGUUCAACCUCCCAGCGGAUCUGCUGUCUCUUGAGUUGGCCAAGAAAUGUCAGAUCCAGGUCAAUGAUUUCAACUACAGAACCUACCUGCACAACUGGACCUGCCUGCCCGACUCCAAUGACGUCGUCCAGGCCAGACAAGUCUAUGACAUCCAGAGUGAUGCUGUUUACAAGGCUGAUCUAAAAUGGCUUCAAGGUCUCGGAUGGGUUCCCAUUGGUUCUCUUGAUGUUGAGAAAGUGAAAAAGGCUGGAGAAAUCCUGAGUGAAAAUAAGUAUCGUCAGCACCCAAGCAAAUUCAAAUUCACCAUGACAACUCAAGACAUGCCGAUUGUCUUGGCUAAAGCCAACAAUGAUGUCAUGAACAAGCAACAAUAUGUUGACGCCUGGAACAAAGACAAAACAAAGAUUCAUCUUAUGCCAGAUGCUAUGGACAUUGUACUAGCAAAACAAAACAAGACCAACUACAGUUUGAAUUCAUACAAGCUUGCAAACGAGGAAGCUAAAAAGAAGGGCUAUGACCUGCGAAGUGAUGCCAUCGCCAUUAAAGCAGCCAAGGCUUCCAGGGAUAUUAUCAGCGAUUACAAGUACAAGACUGGUUACCGUAAGCAAGUUGGCCAUCACAUUGGAGCCUUAAGCAUCCAGGAUGAUCCUCUGCUCAUGCUGGCCUUGAACUCAGCUAGAAUUGCUAGUGAUGCUCUCUACAAGAAGGACUUCAACAAAUCCAAGACCAAGUUCCACCUCCCUGUGGAUCUGCUGUCUCUUGAGUUGGCCAAGAAAUGUCAGAUCCAGGUCAAUGAUUUCAACUACAGAACCCACCUGCACAACUGGACCUGCCUGCCCGACUCCAAUGACGUCGUCCAGGCCAGACAAGUCUAUGAUCUUCAGAGUGAUGCGGUGUACAAAGCUGAUCUUAAAUGGCUCCAAGGACUCGGAUGGGUUCCCAUUGGUUCGAUUGAUGUUGAGAAGGUGAAAAAGGCUGGGGAAAUCCUAAAUGAAAAGAAGUACCGUCAGCACCCAAGCAACUUCAAGUUCACUUGCACAACUGAAGAUAUGCCACUGGUCUUGGCUAAAAACAAUGCAGCCAUCAUGAACAAGAAAAGCUAUGUGGAAGCUUGGGAAAAGGAUAAGACCAAGAUCCAUGUCAUGCCAGACACAAUGGAGAUAUUGCUUGCUAAACAGAAUAAAAUUAACUACAGUGUGAAACAAUAUACGCUUGCAAAUGAGGAGGCCAAAAAGAAAGGCUAUGACAUCCGUGGUGAUGCCAUUUCUAUUAAAGCAGCUAAAGCCUCUCGUGAUAUCAUCAGUGAUUACAAGUACAAGACUGGUUAUCGUAAGCAAGUUGGUCAUCACAUUGGAGCCCUCAGUGUCCAGGAUGAUCCUUUGCUUGUGCUGGCGUUGAACUCAGCUAGAAUUGCUAGUGAUGCUCUCUACAAGAAGGACUUCAACAAGUCGAAGACCAAGUUCAACCUCCCAGUGGACAUGAUAGCUUUUGAGUUGGCCAAGAAGAACCAGAUCCAAGUCAAUGAUGCCAACUACAGAACCUACCUGCACAACUGGACCUGCCUGCCAGACUCCAAUGACGUCGUCCAGGCCAGACAAGUCUAUGAUCUUCAGAGUGAUGCAGUGUACAAGGCUGAUCUGAAAUGGCUUCAAGGAUUAGGAUGGGUUCCCAUUGGUUCAGUUGACGUUGAGAAAGUGAAAAAGGCUGGGGAAAUCCUGAAUGAAAGGAAGUACCGUCAGCACCCAAGCAACUUUAAGUUCACCCUUACUACUGAAGACAUGCCACUAGUUUUAGCUAAAAACAAUGCUACUAAUGCAAACAAGAAACUGUACACUGAAGCCUGGGAAAAGGAUAAAACAAAAAUCCACAUUAUGCCUGACUCUAUGGAUGUUCUAUUGGCAAAGCAAAACAACAUAAAUUACAGUGAGAAAAGGUAUAAACUUGCCAAUGAAGAAUCUAAGAAGAAGGGCUAUGAUUUGCGCAGUGAUGCUAUUGCUAUCAAAGCAGCUAAGGCAUCCAGGAAUAUCAUCAGUGACUACAAGUACAAGGCUGGUUACCGUAAGCAAGUUGGUCAUCACAUUGGAGCCCUCAGCAUCAAGGAUGAUCCUUUGCUCAUGCUGGCUUUGAACUCAGCGAAGAUUGCUAGUGAUGCUCUCUACAAGAAGGACUUUAACAAAUCCAAGACCAAGUUCCACCUCCCAGCGGAUCUGCUGUCUCUUGAGUUGGCCAAGAAAUGUCAGAUCCAGGUCAAUGAUUUCAACUACAGAACCUACCUGCACAACUGGACCUGCCUGCCCGACUCCAAUGACGUUGUCCAGGCCAGGAAGGUCUAUGAUCUCCGUAGCGAUGCUGUGUACAAAGCAGACAUGGAGUUUAUGACUGGUGUAGGAUGGGUCCCCAUUGGCUCGCUUGAUGUCCUGAAAGCAAAGAAAGCAGCUGAGAUCCUCAGCGAGCGACUUUAUAGACAGAAACCACAAACAUUCAAAUUUAAACAAGACAUGCAGUCCAUGCCUUUGGUGCUUGCAAAGGCAAAUGCUCAAACUAUGGAUCAGCGUCAGUACCAUGCAGCAUGGGAGGCUGACAAGAUAAAGAUCCAUAUCCCUCCUGAUAUCCCAGAGGUUGUGCUCUCAAAGGCUAAUGCAAUUACCAAUAGUAGGAAACUAUACAGACAAGCGGUUGAGGACAUUUUCAGGAAAGGCUAUGACAUCAAAUCCGAUGCUGUCGCCAUCAAAACUGCUAAAAAAUCCAGAGAAAUUAUUAGUGAUUACAAGUACAAGGCUGGUUACCGUAAGCAAGUUGGUCAUCACAUUGGAGCCCUCAGUGUCCAGGAUGAUCCAUUGAUCAUGCUUGCCUUAAAUUCAGCUAAGAUUGCUAGUGAUGCUCUCUACAAGAAGGACUUUAACAAAUCCAAGACCAAGUUCCACCUCCCAGUGGAUCUGCUGUCUCUUGAGUUGGCCAAGAAAUGUCAGAUCCAGGUCAAUGAUUUCAACUACAGAACCUACCUGCACAACUGGACCUGCCUGCCCGACUCCAAUGACGUCGUCCAGGCCAGAAAAGUCUAUGAUCUUCAGAGCGAUGCUGUGUAUAAGGCUGAUAUGGAGUGGAUCAGAGGUACAGGAUGGGUACCCAUUGGCUCAGUUGAUGUAGAGAAGGUUAAAAAGGCUGGUGAGAUUCUGAGUGAAAGGAAGUACCGACAGCAUCCAAGCACUUUAAAGUAUACUAGCAAGACAGAUUCCAUACCUUUUGCUCUUGCGCAAGCCAAUGCCAAGAUCAUGGACAAGAGUGCAUAUGUUGAUGCCUGGAAUAAGGAUAAGAUCCAUAUCCAUGUCAUGCCAGACACUCCUGAGAUUGUGCUUGGAAAACAGAACAAACUCAACACAAGCAUCAAAUAUUACCGUCAAGACUAUGAGAACAGCCUUAAGAAGGGCUACUUCCUGCCUAAGGAUGCCGUCGCAGUGAAAUCUGCCAAGGCUUCCAGAGACAUCAUUAGUGAUUACAAGUACAAAACCGGAUACAGGAAGCAGCAAGGACACCACAUUGGUGCCCUCAGCAUCCAUGAUGAUCCCUUAAUCAUGCUGGCCUUGAACUCAGGCAAGAUUUCUAGUGAUCUUCUGUACAAGAAGGACUUUAACAAAUCCAAGACCAAGUUCAACCUCCCAGCGGAUCUGCUGUCUCUUGAGCUGGCCAAGAAAUGUCAGAUCCAGGUCAAUGAUGCCAACUAUAGAACCUACCUGCACAACUGGACCUGCCUGCCCGACUCCAAUGAUGUCGUCCAGGCCAGGAAGGUCUACGAUCUGCACAGUGAUGCUGUAUACAAAGCUGACCUUGAGUGGAUCCGUGGGUGUGGCUGGAUAACGCAAGGAUCCGUUGAUGUCGUCAAAGCCAAGAAUGCUCAGACGAUCCUCAACGAGAAACUGUAUCGCCAGCCUCCCAGUACUGUCAAGUUCACCAGUGCGGUGGACUUGCCGGUCAUCGUCUUAGCCAAGCAAAAUGCUGAAAUCCUCAGUGAUAGAAAAUACAGAGAAGCAUGGGAAAAAGAUAAGACAUCUGUCCACAUCAUGCCUAAUACACCCGCCAUCGAGUUGUCCAGAGCCAAUGCCAUUGCUGUCAGCAAUAAAAUGUAUACUAAAUCCUGGGAUGCUGGAAAGGCAAAGGGGUACCUGAUCAAAGAGGAUGCCAUUUCUGUGCUCAAGGCUAAAGCCUCCAGAGACAUAGCCAGUGACUACAAGUACAAGGCUGGUUACCGUAAGCAAGUUGGUCAUCACAUUGGAGCCCUCAGUGUCCAGGAUGAUCCUUUGAUCAUGCUUGCCUUGAACUCAGCGAAGAUUGCUAGUGAUGCUCUCUACAAGAAGGACUUUAACAAAUCCAAGACCAAGUUCAACCUCCCAGCGGAUCUGCUGUCUCUUGAGUUGGCCAAGAAAUGUCAGAUCCAGGUCAAUGAUGCCAACUACAGAACCUACCUGCACAACUGGACCUGCCUGCCCGACUCAAAUGACGUUGUCCAGGCCAGAAAAGUCUAUGAUCUGCGUAGUGAUGCUGUUUACAAGGCUGACUUGGAGUGGCUCAGGGGAUGUGGAUGGAUUCCCCAUGAGUCUGUUGAAGUUAUCAAAGUGAGGAAUGCCCAAAAGAUUCUGGCUGACAGAGGCUACCGUGUGAAGCUGGAUGAUCAGAAAUAUACAACACCCAUUGAAAGAAUUGACUUUGUGUGCUCCAAAAACGCAGCUGAAGUGCUCAAUGAGGCUAAGUACCGUGAGGCCUGGCACCAGGACAAGACUAAAUACACCUUGACAGACACCCCAGUUCUAGCUACAGCAAGAGAAGUGGCCAAAAUGCAUCACCCGCAUUUGUACACCAAAAACUGGGACAAGACCAAAUCUACAUCAUACUUCAUGCCCGGAGAUGCAGUCCCGAUUAAACAAUGCAUCAAUACCAGUAAAGUGCAGAGUGAUCACAAGUACAAGGCUAGUUAUCGUAAGCAAGUUGGUCAUCACAUUGGAGCCUUAAGCAUCCAGGAUGAUCCUCUGCUCAUGCUGGCCUUGAACUCAGCUAGAAUUGCUAGUGAUGCUCUCUACAAGAAGGACUUCAACAAGUCCAAGACCAAGUUCAACCUCCCAGUGGACAUGAUAGCUUUUGACCAUGCAAAGAAGUGCCAGAUCCAAGUCAAUGAUGACAACUACCGAACUCGCUUGCACCAGUGGACAUGCUUGCCCGAUCAAAACGAUGUUAUUCAGGCCCGUAAAGCGUAUGAUUUAGCCAGUGACAAUGUCUACAAAGCAGAUCUGGAAUGGUUACGUGGUUGUGGAUGGGUGGCUGCUGACUGUGUAGAUCAUGUCAAAGUCCGAAAUGCCCAAAAGAUUAUGAAUGAAAGACUUUAUAAGAAGGAUGCUAAAGAAAACUUUAGCAAAUUUACUCACAUUGUGGAUCGCCCUGAGGUUGUCCUUGCAAAGGUUAAUGCCUUCAACCUCAGCGAUCUAAAGUACAAAGAAUCAUUUAACCUGGAGAAGGGUCACUACAUUGGAUCUGAAGAUACACCACAGCUGGCUCACUCUAGAGAUGUUGCAAAGAUAAUCAGUGAGAAAUUGUACAAAGUCAACUGGGAUGAGACCAAAGCUACUGGUUACCAGCUGAACCAUGAAUAUAUGCCAGUACAAAUAGCCAAGAGGGCCAGAGACAUAAUCAGUAAUUAUAAGUACAAUGAAGCCCAUGAGAAAGCCAAAGGUCACUACCUGGCUUCAACUCUGGUUGACUAUCCUGAGGUGAUUCGCUCUGGCGAUAUGGAGAAGAUGAAAAAUCUGAGAGACUACCACAAAGGCUACAAUGAAACCAAAACGAAGCUCCACAUUCCUGCUGAUAUGAUCAGCCAUGUGGUUGCCAAGAAAUGCCAGGAAAUCCUAAGUGAUGUACUAUAUCGUACACACCUGCACCAGUGGACAUGCCACCCUGAUCAGAACGAUGCCAUCCGUGCACGCAAGGCCAAUGAGAUCUUGAGUGAUGUGUUCUACAAAGAAGAUCUGAACUGGAUGAAGGGUGUUGGCUGUUACGCCUGGGACACUCCCGAGAUCGUACGUGCCAAGAAAUCAUAUGAGCUACAGAGUGAUAUUAAAUACAAAGCAGAAGGCAAAAAGGAAUGGAACAACUACUCCAUUGUGACAGACACCCCUGUAUAUGUGACUGCCAUCCUGGGCCACACUUGGGCCAGUGAGUUGAACUACAGAGAGGCAUAUCAUAAGGAGAAGCAUAUUUACACCACCAUUCUGGACACCCAGGAAUACGCAAGAUGCUUCAACCUGAAGGAGAUUUACAGCACCAAAGCAUAUUCUGCUGCUUGGGACAAGAUCAAGGCCAAGAGCUACAACAUCCCUCACGAUUCCCAUGCCUUAGCCCAUGCCAAACAACAGAAGGUCAUCCUGAGCAAUGUUAAAUACAAGGAAGAUUAUGAGAAGUUCAAGACCCUGUACAGUCUGCCUAAGUGUCUUGAGGACGACCCCGCCACUGCAAGAUGUAUCAAAGCUGGAAAACUGGUUCUGGAUCGCCUGUACAAAGACAAAUAUGAGAAGACCAAGGCUAAAAUCAAUAUACCUCCCGACAUGCUUGACAUUGUAUCCGCGCGCAGUACUCAGAAGACUGUUAGUGGGGUUGACUACCGUAAAUACCUGCAUCAGUGGAUCUGCCUGCCUGACAUGCAGGUGUACGUACAUGCUCGCAAGGUCAACGAGCAACUGAGCGAUAUCUUCUACAAAGAUGACCUCAACUGGUUAAGGGGUAUUGGCUGCUAUGCUUGGGACACUCCUGAGAUCAUUCGCUGCAAGCAAUCUAUGAACCUGCAGAGUGACAAUCAGUACAGAGCUAAGGGAAUCGAGCAUUUUAAGCAGUACACUGUGGUCACAGACACCCCUGUCUAUGAAACAUGCAAGCUGAGCGCUAAGAACUUGAGCGAGCUCAACUACCGUCAUGACUAUGUCACAAAUGUCAUGGGUAAAAACACUGCUCCUGCUGUGACUGUCGAUACUGAAAGGGCCCGUCAAGCCAACUACAUCCAGAGCGAAAACUUCUACAAAGAGGCCAAUAAGAUCUCAAUGCCUACCGGAUACACUCUGCCUUAUGACACUCCACUCAACAAACAGGCCAAAGCCAACAGCAUCGUCACCAGUAAUGUGAAGUACAGGGAAGCUUUUGAUCUGAUGAAAGCCAGGAGCUACAAACUAGAUCCUGAAGGUGUCAACUUUCUCACCAUCAGAAAGGCCAACAAGGUCACCAACCAACGGCUGUAUCGUGAGAAAUAUGAGAAGGAAAAGGACAAGAUCCACUCUGAGUAUGACACACCUGAGAUCAGACAGGUUAAGGCCACUCAGCAAGCAAUCAGUGAUGUGUGCUAUAAGGAAAAGUACUACAACAGCAGAGGAACUCUUCUGCCAAUGCCCAUCACCCCACAGCUGUUGCACUGCUUCAAUGUCAAUGAGCUCAACAGCGAUCUGAAAUAUAAAGAGGAUCUGCAAUGGCUGAGAGGUAUUGGCUGCUUUAUGGUGGACUCCCCCGAGAUGACCCGAAUCCGUGAGAUCACCAAGUUUAGAAAAUCAUAUGAAGUUGAUGCUAAGAAGAACUUUUCCAACUUCAGUGUGGUCUUGGACACACCAGAGUACAAGCGUGUGUCUGAACUCAAGACCCACAUGAGUGAUAUGGUGUAUCGAGCUGAUGGCAAUAAGGAAAAGACAAAAUGCACAACCACUGUGGAUGGCCUGGACAUUACGAGAGCCAAGUGGGCACAGUCUCUCACCAACAAGUACCAGUACGUUGAUCUGGCAUCUAAGGAGAGGGCCUUCUUCACCCCCGAAUCACAUACUCCAAUCAUGGAUCAUGCCCGUUCCAUGAAAGUGGCGUACAGUGAGAAAAAGUACAAGGAACAGUAUGAGAAGAUGAAGCACAAGUAUACUCCCAUUCAUGACACACCAAUCCUGGUUCGUUCUAAGAAGGCCUACCUCAAUGCCAGCGAUUUGCGCUACAAGGAGACCUUUGAGCUUGCUAAGGGACACUACCACGCUGACAAAGACGCACUGGAUAUUCUCUGUGCCAAGAGGGUCAGAGAUGACAUCAGUGAGGUCAAAUACAGGGAGAAGUACAUCAGCACAUUGGGCACCUGGAAGUCCAUCCCUGACCGCCCUGAGUUCUUCCACAGCAGGAUUGUGAGGGACUGCAUCAGUGAUGUCAAGUACAAAGAAGAUCUGGACUGGAUCAAGGGCAUCGGCUGCUACGUGUGGGACACACCUGAGAUGGUGCAGGCUGAACACAACAAGACCCUCUACAGCGAAAGACUAUACAAAGCGUCAUUCGAGAAGAACAGAGCCAACUUCAAAUACACAUGUGACACGCCAUUCUUUGAGGCUGCCAAGAACGCUUCCCUUUUGAUUAAUGAUAGGUCCUACCGUGCAAGCUAUGAGAAGUCUAAGGAUAAGUACACCAUAGUUGUAGAUGACCCUAGAAACAUCUUGGCUAAGGAGGCCAGCAAGCUGAGUCAGGGAAAAUAUAAAUGCAAGGCCAAGGAGUUACUCAAGAGUGGCUGCAAUGAGCUGCUCCGUCCUGAUAUUCUUGUUGCCAUGUACAACUCUGGCAUGUGGAGUAAGUGGAAGUACAAAGAGCAGUAUGAACGUGCCAAGUCGAAAUUCACCUCAGUGCUGGAAACACCUGAUUACCAAGUUGCCAAGCGCAGCAAGCAAAUCAGCGAUAUCAUCUAUAGGAUGGAAUACAACAAGACCAAAGCGAGAGGUUACACACUUGGACAUGACACUCCUGCGAGCCAGCACAUGAAGAAGGUCAAGGAGAUCACCAGCAACCUGAAAUACAAGGAAGUGUAUGAAAGAAACAAGGCUCACAUCAACAUGGCACCUGAUGCUCACGAAAUCCGUGCCGCCAAGGAGGCCUACAAGAACAUAAGCAAUCUCGACUACAAGAAGAAGUAUGAGGCCACCAAGAACAAGUGGAUCUGGACUGUGGACAGACCUGAUUUCAUCCAUGCCGCUAAGAACAGUUUCCAGCAGAGUGAUAUUGAGUACAAGUAUGAUAAGGAAAUGCUGAAGGGCUGCGUAUUGUCUAUCGCUGAUGAUAAAAACACUAUUUUGGCAAAGAAGAACAGUGAAAUCGCUAGUGAUGUGAAAUAUAAGGAGAAGUAUGAGAAGGCCAAGGGUCAUUAUAUGGCUGUCCAUGACACACCUCAAAUCCUUCAUGCUAAAUCAGUGGCCAAACUUGUGUCUGAGUCCAAAUACAAGGAGGCCAGCAAAAAGGAUCAUCAGUCGGGUGGCUUCACUACACUUGCUGAAACUCGUGACACUGCCCACAGCAAAGAGGUUGCCAAAAUGAGUGCUAAAUUGUACAAGGAAAAGUUUGAGAAGGAGAAAGGCAAGUCUAAUUACAAUCAAAUGAUUGCUCCCCCCGAUGUUCAACAUGCCAUGGAAGUGGCCAAAAACCAAAGCAACAUCGCCUAUAAACAGGAAGCUAAAGCCAAGUUGACAUACACCUCGGUUGCUGACCGCCCAGACAUCAGGAAAGCCACUCAAGCUGCUAAGCUUGUCAGUGAGAUUGGAUACCGUGAUAAAGCUCGCCAGGAGGCCAGCCGUGGUGGAACGCUGCUCGGCCGUCCUGAUAUCGCCCUGGCCACUGAGGUGUCCAAACUGACCAGUCAGGUAGAGGAAAAGACAUCCCUCCAUGGUGCUGCUUCCUUUGACACUCCUCAGAUGCGGCACAUUAAGAAAAUGAGUGCCCUGACUAGUGAUGUGAAGUACAAGGAGAAGUUUGACAAGGAGAUUAAAGGAAAGAGACCACAGUAUGACUUGAAGAACAGCAAGAUUUAUCAGACUUUGAAGGAUGCCAAUGAACUUGCAAGCGAGGUGAAGUACAAAGGUGACCUGAAGAAGAUUCACAAACCUGUCACUGACAUGGCUGAGUCUUUGUCAAUGCAGCACAACCUGAGCACUAGCAAGCUGUCCAGUGAUUACCAGUACAAGAAGAAGUUUGAGGAAAGUAGGGGUCACUACCUUAUGAUAGCUGACACACCUGAGCAGCUUCACCACAAAGAGGCCUCAGAGCUGCAAAGUCACGUGAAGUAUAAGGAGAAAUAUGAGAAAGAAAGAGGCAAAGCCAUGCUGGACUUCGAGACUCCUACUUACGUGACUGCUAAGGAGGCUCAACAUAUGCAGAGUCAGAAAGAGUAUAAGAAGGACUUUGAGAUGACAAUGAAAGGAAAGAACCUCUCUGGGUUGGAGGUCACCCCUGCCAUGAUGCAUGUCAGACACGCCACGAAAAUUAUUAGCGAGAAAGAGUACAGGAAGGAUCUAGAGGAAGGGGUGAAGGGUAAAGGGCUUACAGUGCUGGAGGAAACUCCUGAGUUACUGAGAGCAAAGAAUGCUACUCAUAUCCUUUGUGAGAGAGAGUACAAGAAAGGAUUGGAGCAAGAUAUCAAGGGAAAAGGCAUGUUGGCUUUGGCCACUGACACUCCAGACUUCUUGAGGGCAAAGAACGCCACAGAUAUCCUCAGUCAGGCCAAGUACAAGCAGAAUGCUGAGCAUGACAGAGCCACAUACACCACAGUCAUUGACACCCCUGACAUCCUCCACGCUCAGCAGAUCAGGAACCUUGUGAGCCAGAAAAAGUACAAGGAGGAGGCUGAGAAGACCAUGUCACACUAUGUGCCAGUGUUGGACACUCCUGAGAUGCAAAGAGUGCGUGAGAACCAGAAGAACUUUAGCACCCUUCAGUACCAGAUUGACCUUAAAAACAGUAAGGGCAAGUUUUCAGCAGUAAAGGACACUCCUGAAAUGCUUCGUGUUAAAGAAAAUACAAAGAAUUUCAGCUCGAUCCAGUACAAGGAGGAGCUUGGGCAAGGAACAUCCAUAGCUGAAACCCCUGAGAUGGAGAGGGUUAAACGCAAUCAGGAGGCUAUUAGCACGAUUAAAUACAGGGAUUCGCUAAGUCAAGGCAUUUCUAUACCUGACCUUCCUGAGGUGAAGCGUGUACGGGACACCCAGAAGAACAUCAGCUCGAUCCAAUACAAGGAAGACUUGGGAGGAGGAACAUCAAUUUCAGAAACGCCAGAGAUGGAGAGAGUUAAACGCAAUCAGCAAAAUAUUAGCACGAUAAAAUACAAGGAUUCGCUGGGUCAAGGCACAGCCAUACCGGACCUCCCCGAGAUGAAGCGGGUCAGAGAGAAUCAGAAGCACAUCAGCUCGGUUUUGUAUAAGGACCUCUCUGCCAAGGGAACGCCUGUGGUGUUCACUCCAGAGAUGGAACGGGUCAAACGGAACCAAGUGCAGAUUAGCUCGGUUCUGUACUCUGACAGCUUCCGUAAGCAGGUGCAGGGGAAGGCCGCCUUUGUGCUGGACACCCCUGAGAUGAGACGUGUUAAAGAAACCCAGCGUAUCAUCUCUGGAGUCAGAUACCACGAGGACUUUGAGAAGAGUAAGGGCAGCUUCACCCCCACCAUCUCUGACCCCAUAACUGAUCGUGUGAAGAGGAACACACAGGACUUCAGUGACAUCAGCUACCGCGGCAUCCAGCGACGUGUGGUGGAGAUGGAGAGGAGACGUGCAGAGGAACAUGAUCAGGAGACCAUCACUGACCUGCGUGUCUGGCGCACAAACCCUGGCUCUGUCUUUGACUAUGACCCUGCCGAGGACAACAUCCAGUCCAGAAGUCUUCAUAUGAUGUCAGUCCAAGCCCAGCGCCGCAGCAAGGAGCACUCCCGCUCCACCAGCGCAAUGAGUGGGGUGGGCGAUGAGAAGUCCGAGGUGUCUGAGAACGUGGACCACCAUGCAUUGCUCUACAGCAAUGGCUUUGGUGUCUCGAAUUUACACGGAUACACACAAACCAAGACUACAGAGGUUCAGCAGAGAUCCUCCUCUGUGGCAACACAACAGACCACUGUUUCUUCUGUCCCCUCACAUCCCUCAACCACUGGAAAAACUGUCCGUGCCAUGUAUGACUACGCUGGUGCUGACAGUGAUGAGGUGUCCUUCAAGGAUGGUGAUGUCAUCGUGAAUGUGCAGUCUAUUGAUGAGGGUUGGAUGUAUGGUACUGUGCAGCGUACUGGAAAAACCGGUAUGCUGCCCGCCAACUAUGUGGAAGCCAUCUAAAUACAACUACUGCCCUGUCAAACUCCUUGUGGAUAGGGGAGUUUGAUAUCCACUAAGACAGAAACAAGCAUUUUAUGUGUACUGUUAGUCCUAAGUAGUUACAUUACUGUUUGUCCUCAUUACUGUUAUGCAAUUUCGUUUGUGCCCAUGUCACUAAGUCUAUUGUGGUUGUGGCAUGAGAAAUUAUACAUACCUAUUUAAGUCACAGACACUUGUAUUUAUCUUUUUCUUCUAUUCUAGCAGUUAAGUAACUGGAGCCCAUUAUUUUUGUAUAUUGCAAUUACACUUCAUUCAAAGAAGGCCAUUGUGAAAGUUUUAACAAUGAAACUUUUGCACAAAGAGAGAUGGGCUCAUGGUUCACUUUAUAUGUGAAAAGGAAAACCAGAAGUUCAGUGUUUUAUAAAAACCGAACAGAGGCACUAAAGUUGCCACAUGAAAAAAACAACAAAAAAACAUGAGAAUGUUGAGGACAAGGCAUCAAUUACUCUGACAUGAAAUGUAUUGAUUUAAACUGAGCCUCCUCCCUCCCUUGCUGAAGGCUGGCCACUAUUUGCAUGUGUGUUUUGUUUCUUUGAUUCUGUGGGUGUAGGAUUAGAGGAAGAUGUAUACCUCGAAUCAGUAGCCAAUAAAGCACACCGCGCUUCUGCAGUAAA